GAUUUUAUUGGGGAAUCUGCAUGUUGUUAUCCCAGUACCAAAGGUAUUGUGGGAUUUCACAAUAAAACUGACAAGGGUAACCCAAUUUGUUUGGUGUUUCAGGGUUCACCACAGUAAUGAUUGACCAGGGUGAGGAAAAGCUAUGGCAGCCAGACCAAUGUGUUAACCAUAGAGGAAUGUUAAGUGCUGCUCGGGUCAAAGCAGUGUUUGUAAGGCUUAUCAGGGAAGCCAUCCAAGAACUGCCUGUGGAAUACAGAAGUAUGGUUACCAGUGUAGCAUGUCAUGGCCCAGCAGUUACCCUCAAAAUAACCGACAAAAAUAACAUAGAAUAUUCAGUUGACUUGACACUUGCCAUUAAAGAUAAGUCUUGGCCAGAAGAUGCAGAAGAGUGGAAAAGAAGAGAUCGAAAAGGUUGGCCCAAUGAGUCACUUGUACGAAAGAUUUAUCAAAAUGGUUGUCAUUUGGUUGCAAAGCCACCAAAAGGGCACAGUGUUCAUGAACGUGAAAAAGAAUUUCUGUGGCGAUAUACCUUCUCUGCAUCCAUAAAGAAGCUGUUUCGCGAGGGUGGUCAUGGUGAAAAAAGUUCUUGCCGCAAGCAGGUUUUUCGUAUACUGAAGGCUCUAAGAGAGGAGCUUGAUCUACAGCCCUUGAAGUCAUACCACCUCAAGACGAUCCUGUUGUAUGAGUGUGAAGCAAACCCUCUGCCCCAGCAAUGGAGCUUUAAUUGUCUGGGUGACCGAUUCCUAGGCCUUCUUGAGAGGCUUGAAAAAUGUUUACUGAAGAAAAAAUGUCCUCAUUAUAUCAUGCAGGAAGUUGAUUUGUUUGAAUUGUUCAACCCUCAAAAGUGCUCUGAAUUGGCCAAAAGAAUAGGAGAGAUAAAAUCACAACCAGAAAGGGAGUUACAUAAACUCAUUCAGUGCAAAUAAACGUAAAAUGUUGGCAGAUUACCAUUAGCGGUACAUCUAUAAAGCCUGUUCAAGCUGAUAAUCUUAAUCAGUCUUGGUCCUUUCCAAAGUUGCAAAACCGGCU